UACACAUUAUAUUGCUCUGAUGUAAACUGGGUAUUACAUUUUAAUAACAAAACGUAAUGUCAUCGAACAACUGUCAUCAUGACAUUUUUGACAGAUUAGUUGUCAAUACAAUUGACAAAGCACGAAUGAGUUACUAAAAUGUCAGAAUUGUCAAAAGUAAAGUAAAAAAAAAUAAAUCAAUUCAUUAAACAUUUAAAGUGUGGCUAGUGAUAUGGUGUAGUAUUAUUUUUCCUUAGAUAACUCAUGUUUGCAUAGAGUUAAAGCAAGGGGUAUUCCCACUACUAUUAUGUAAUUUAUAGCACAAUCUAUCAAUUAAAAUAAUAAAAAUGAUGGUGAUCCUGUGAUUUAUUUAAGUUGUUAUUUAAUCAUGAGCUUCUAAACAUGUAAAAGAAUUCAUAGUGAUAUGACAUCCAAUUUAAUGUCUUUAAAUUAAGUUAAAAAUGGCAUCAGAGAAAAUGGGUUAUAAUAUUGAUUGGAUAAUUCCUAGACUAAGAAAUCCAACCAGAUUGUGGAGUAUUGCCAGCAGUAUUACAGUGGCAGCAGUGGGACUCUUUAGCAAGAUUUUAAUCCGUAAUAAGCUAUUAAAUAGAACCAAAAUAUAUAAUAAGAAAGUUAUAGUAAAUCUACUAGAUAAACGACCAAAAAAUGUACCAUUAGUUACAGUGUCCAACCAUCACUCUUGCUUUGAUGAUCCCGGAAUAUGGGGUACUUUAAAACUAAAGCAUCUCCUAAGUCCAAGAAUAAUGAGGUGGUCUUUAGCAGCACAUGACAUUUGUUACACCUGUUGGCAACAUGCCAUUUUUUUUAGUCUAGGAAAAUGUAUACCUGUUGUAAGAGGUGCUGGUGUAUAUCAGGAUGCUGUGAAUUUUUGUAUAGAACAAUUAGCCAAAGGUGGAUGGGUGCAUGUAUUUCCUGAAGGGAAAGUGAAUAUGACAAAAGAAAAUAUGAGACUGAAAUGGGGAGUCGGAAGAAUGAUUUUCGAAUCUCCGGUAACUCCAGUUGUGGUACCAAUCUGGCAUAUAGGAAUGGAUGAUGUUCUUCCCAACGAACCCCCGUAUAUAUUAAAGUUCAACAAAAAUUUAACAUUCAACUACGGUAACCCAAUAGAUUUAUCUGAGAUGGUAAAGUCAUUAAGAGAAAGGAAAACAACUGAUGAAGAAGCAAGAAAACAAAUAACUGAUUUCUUGGAAGACACUUUAUUGAAAUUAAAGGUAGAGACAGAAGAAUUGCAUAGGAAUCAUUACAAGUUAAAGUCAUGAUAGUGCCGAUAUUAUAGGAUGUGUAAUUUAAUUUAUUCUAUCAACAAAAAUAAACAGGUAGUUUAGAUAAUUUGAGAUAAUAAUAAGAUGACAACUAGCUAGACACUUUUGCUUUUCAAUUUUUGCUAGUCAAGUUAAACUCGUAAAUAUUUCCAAUUUUACCUCGUAACUGACCUAGGCACUAAGAUUAUGCAGUUCUUUAUUAUAAUUUGUUUUAUAGAUAAAUUAUAUCAUCAGCAAUAUUUACAUUUACAAUUAAUAUAGGAAAUAGGUUUUUCCUAAUAUUUUAGGAAUGUUUCCAUUCUUCCAUUUGUAAUUUUUUUAAAACCAAAGUAUAUGAAACCUUUCAAAGAUGGGUGACAUAUCAUAUAAGUGUAUAUUUGUUAGUAUUAAAUUGUAAUAUUUUAUAAAUAUACAGCUUUUAAAGUUUACUUUUAAAUAAUUGUUAAUAUGUACAUUAUUUAAGAAAGUAUGUACUUUUUUAUUCUAGAGCCAACUUUUUGAAUAUUUUUUAAAAAUAAAAAAACACCUGAUACAUUUGAUAUUUUUAAAGAACAACACUGAUUCAAUGAAUAAAACAUUUUAUCAGAACUGUUAUCAUUUUAAUCUUAUUUAAAACCUUGUACCAUGGGAGUAUGCUAUAUCAUGUUUUGGAAAUUAUGUUGCGACUUCCUAGAUCUACAAUUUAAUUGUAACACUGUAGAAUAUACUGGGUGUCUCAGAAUUACGUGUACAACAAAAGACCACAGAUUCGUGUACUCAAGAUAGGCAGAUUUAGGCUAAUUUACCUAUAUCCGAAAUCGCUUUCUUUCACCUCUAGAUGGCCUCGAAGUUUGUGAAUGUUUAUUGAAUUUUGUAAAUAACUCGAAUACGUAUUAUUCGAUUUUGAUUAUUUUUGGG